AUGAACCAUGCAUCUCUGUUAUGCUAUAAUUGUAAAUCCUUUGGGCCGCCUGUUAAUACCCAUCACUCAACUAGUCCUUAUGAACACGAGCCAGUAGAUGGUUACUCUGCUGUUGACAAAGACGAUAGUAUAGAUUCCAAUAAUACUUCUAAAUGGAAACAAUUUGGGUUGAUGAAUGGAAAACCCGAAACAUGGGAUAUUUUUAAACCCCUAGAAAAUUUAUCCAAUGGCGCAUUUUUGAUGAAUGAUUUAAAAACAAGAUUGGACAAUACCGCAAGUCAAAUUGGAACUAAAUUUUGGGAAUUGUCCAGGUUUGUUGCUAGAAAGGUGGAAACUAAUUUGGAUAAAAUUUUCGAAAAGGCUUAUACAUCUAAUGCGCAUUUGCUAAAAGAAUCCCUAAUCCCAGAUGAUAUAAUCCUCUGCUCCCAGUGUAACUGUUUAUCAAAUGUCGACUUAGAUCAUUUAAGUAAUAAUUACCUGAUAAUUCAACACGGAAUAUUGGAUUCACCAACUUCAAUGGUAGAUAUUUCAUGUGCCAUACUAAGAGAAUAUCCACAUUUGAAUAUAUACAUACCUCAUUGUAACUAUGGCAACACUUUAAUGGGACUAGACGCUACAAGUUACAUACUGGGUCUUGAAUUGAUCAAAUUGUUUGAAUCAAUUCAUUUUAACUACCAGAUUGAAACCAAAACAAGCUCUUCACAAACUAAAAAUGAUAAGUAUUUGUUAUAUUCGAUAAGUGUCAGUACUCUUGGGCAUUCAUUUGGAUCACUAAUACUUUUGGGCGCAUUGAAUAAAUUGGAGGGAGAAAUUCCAUUGAUUUCAUCCGGUAAAAUUAAAUUGGUCAACUUUAUCGGUAUCGCUUCGCCAUUUUUUGGAAUCCAUGAGAAUUCUAUGGUAUUGAAUUCCACGUUCAACAUAUUUAACACGAAUUUGCUGAAGGACUUGGAUUUCAGAACUGAUGCGUUACUAAACCUAUAUUCGUGCAAUGCAUCCAAAUUAUUGUUUACAUUUGACAGGAUAAUUAUGUAUGGUAAUGCCAAGAAUGAUACGCUAGUGGGCCCGCGAACAUCAUUAUCCACUCCUAUAAACGUAUAUACAGAUGAUCAGUUGAAGAAUUUGAUUACCAAGUGCAUAGAAUCACCUAAUACUUUCAUUUACGUGCCAUUUAAUUACAAGUUUAUCAAUGAAUUUUGUGACAAAAUUGCACCAAAACCAUUGCUACACCAAUUAAUAUCCCAAACAGAGCCUAAUGAACUUAACAAAAAUUCAUCUGACAGUUUCUACGAAAUCCAUAGUUGCAACGAAGAUUAUAAUCAAUUAGUGGAGACGCAUAAUGAACUAUUGACCGAGUAUUUGAAGUUUUUAAAGGAGGUAAACGGGACAGAAUGUCGAAGCUUGCUUGGCACAAAUAAUUACGAAACUAAUAACAAUUGUCACGAUUCCUACCUUGAGUUAGAACUUUUUGAGGCAGUAGAGGCCUAUACUGGCAUCAAUAUAAAUGAAAUACCCAUAAAACCUUCUAUAUUGUACCAGUUACUGAUCGCAUUUUUUGAACUAACAACCUCAAUAGACAUGGUGCCUUUAAUUGAGGAAUUUAAAUUUGAAAACAUGAACCAAUUGCACUCAUAUGUGCUAAUGACAUUGUUUAAUAUCAAAGAUCCAUGCCGAAAGGUGGAGAGGUACAUGGUAUACAUACCUACGAUUACUCCUCAUCGACAUAUUAUCUGUAAAACUAGUUUAAUGGUCCUGUCCGAUUCAUACAUAUCACUGGUCAGGCACAUAAGAUCAAUAAAAUGUUUUGAUUAUUAA